CAACAAACCAAGCCGCGCGCCGGAGGUCAAAGCCAAUCUACAUCAUCCCGAUUCCCGCCUCCAAGCGAGCCUCAAUUUUCCUUCCCGCGCGGCGCACCAAAAUUCCCCUUCCACCGCUCCGCCGCGAAGCUCCCCACCCCGCCAGCGUCCCCUCGCCAAAUCCGAAUCCCCGGCGGCCCCAGUCCCCAGUCUGCUCAAACCCUAGCGGCUAGGGAAGCAGCAAUCAGGCGCCGGCGGCGCGAGGAGGAGGAUGUACGGGAGGCGCGCGUCGCAGCUGCUGAAGGAGAUCGACUCCUCUGAGGCUGGCCAGCUAGCACCGUUCAACAGUGACGUGUUUGAUCAGGUCAUUAGAGAGUGCAAUGAGCACAAUUCACAGUUUCAAUCAUUGAUCAGGAAGAUGGUGGAGCAAAACUUAGACAUCGAGACAACUAGAAAUGAGGACCACUAUGGUGCAGCUAUCCACCAUCUUUCCCUGCUCCGUAACAAAAGAUGCCUCAUGGCCUACAUGUACAACCGAGCAGAAGUUAUUCAGAGUUUUAGAUGGAAAGUCGGCCCUGUGCUUCCUCAUGAUAUUCAAGAAAAGCUCCAUUUCUCAGAGAAAGAGUACUUCAAGAACCACUCUGCAGCCAUUAAGUCAUACAUCUCAGAGAUGGAUAUAGAUUUGACAGUGGACAUGGUCCCUCCCAAGGAUCCUUACAUUCAGGUUCGGGUGCUGGAGGACAUUGGCGAAGUAUCUCUUGGCGACCAUUCUGUAUCAUUGACCAAGAACUCACUCCAUUUCCUAAGGCGCACAGAUGCUGAACAAUUUAUAUCACAGGGUCUUAUGGAAGAAUUUCUGGAGUAGGGACAACAUAUGAUGUAUAAUAGGAUGUGUGCUACCUCUUUGUUCAGUGCUGCUGCCUGAUGGAACAAGCACCCUUAUGAUGCUUGCAGAGACUAUGUGCAACAGUGGAAGGACAUGUGUUAUCUUGGUUGUGAAGGUACAAACUACAAAGUGCACAUGAUAUUCUGUACCAGGGAGCUUCUAACUAGUUGUAGCUAUGAUUUCUUGGUCUAGAAGAAUGAGUCAAAGUUUACAACAGCUCUUUCCCAGUGUCAAUUUUCUUUGUGUUGUAUUUUUAACACAGUAAAAUUUACCACUUUGUAGAUUGUACAAGCAGUCUUAAUAAAAUUCAUUGCCUCUGUUUAUA